AUGAGUUUCGUUCAGAGGGUGAUGAAGCGCAUGCCUUCCUCAACACAAUUACCAUUGGAUGAUGUGAAGGAGAAGCCAAAAACCACAUCUAGAUUGGCGUUUUUCAGGCGGCCGCUUCGAUUAAAGGGCAAUUCCAGCAUUUCGAUACCACUCGGCGUAGUUCUAUUAUUUCCAUGUAUUGUCGUCGUAUUGAUUUUGGUGCUUUUCGUUCGCCAUCCUAAAUCGGGUGUGGGAAUUUUAAUGCCAGCUGGAGCACCACCAGCUAUCAGGAGGAUCAGUGAACAACAUGAUAAGGUCUUUGUGACAGGAUGCGCGGAGCCUGAUACAAGUCAACCACGAGCCAAUGCAGCAUUCGUUGUGCUAGCAAGAAAUAAGGAAUUGGAGGGCGUCAUUCAAUCAGUGAAAUCUAUCGAAAGGCAUUUCAAUCGAUGGUAUCAUUACCCCUACGUUUUCCUCAACGAUCAAGAAUUCAACUCGACAUUCAAGGAAGUCAUUCAAAACUAUACCAGUGCGCCAUGUGAAUUUGGAACCAUCGACCCUAAACAUUGGGGAUUCCCAGAAUGGAUUGAUCCUAAGGUUGCCAAAGAGGGUAUUGCAAAACAAGGUGAUGCUGCAAUUAUGUAUGGUGGUAUGGAAAGUUACCAUUCUAUGUGCAGAUUUUAUUCAGGAUUCUUUUACAAACAUGAGCUUCUGGCCAAAUAUGAGUGGUACUGGCGACUCGAACCAGAAAUUAAGUAUUUCUGUGAUAUUACAUAUGAUCCUUUCCUUAAGAUGAUUGACUCGAAUAAGACUUAUGGUUUCACUAUUGCCGUCAAGGAAUUGAAGGAAACGGUUCCAAACAUCUUCCGUUACGCAUCUGCAUACAAACGAGUCAACAACAUUACAUCUCAAGGUCUAUGGGAAAUGUUCGUCGAGCCUCCUCCUGAGGAGCCAAAAGAGGUCCCUGAAGAUGAUCCAGCUUAUAAAAGACCAUUGCCUGAGGAAAUUCUUCGAGGCGAUCCAUCUCGCGCAUCUCUACCAGAAAUUGAUCCAGAAGCUAUGGAAGGGGAAAAGUACAACAUGUGUCAUUUCUGGUCGAAUUUCGAGAUUGCUAGACUUAGUUGGUUCAGAAGUAAGGAAUAUGAAGACUUUUUCCAAAUGAUGGAUCGCAGUGGUGGAUUUUGGAUGGAGAGAUGGGGUGAUGCACCUAUCCAUUCUUUAGCCGCUGGUGCUCUCCUCGCCCCUCGCGAUAUUCAUUACUUCCGUGAUUUUGGCUAUAGACAUACAACUAUUCAACAUUGCCCAGCAAACGCUCCUGCACGUCAAAGAGCGCGCGAACCUUAUCUUGAAAAGACAACAUUAGACGAGAAGAAACGAAAGGAAGAAGAUGAAUACUGGGACAAUUGGGAUCCAGUUAAGGAAAAUGGAGUUGGAUGUAGAUGUAGAUGUGACACGGAUAUUGUGGAUGUAGAAGGCAAACAAGGAAGUUGUUUGGCAGAAUGGGUAGAUGUUGCAGGAGGUUGGGCUAGUCCUUGA